AUGGCUUCUCUUUUCAUGGUCUCUUCUUGCAAAGUCUUUCUCGUGCUUAUCCUCGUCUCUUACUCUCUAUUCCUCGAUGUGAAGUCAAAUGAAUUUGAUGUUGGUGACGAUGAAGGUUGGGUUGUUCCUCCAUCAAAAAAUGAGCAAAUGUACAACAAAUGGGCAUCUCAUAACAGGUUCCAAGUCAACGACACAGUGCGUUUUAAGUACAAGAAGGAUUCAGUUAUGGUGGUGAGUGAAUCGGACUAUGACAAAUGCCACUCGACUCAACCUAUCUUCUUCUCCAACAAUGGGGAUACAGAAAUCACACUUGACCAUUCAGGCCUGUUCUAUUUUAUCAGUGGAGUCUCCGGGCACUGUGAGAAGGGACAGAAGAUGAUCAUAAAGGUGCUAGAGGAGCCCAAGAACGACUCCCCGCCUAGCAACCAGAACGGAACGAGCAGUUCACCAGAUCAAAAUGGUGCAGUUGCAAUGGCUGGCUUCCCCGCUUUGACACUUGCACAGUUCAUCUUGUCAGUCAUUGGGCUCUUCUUUGUCUAG